GCUCAGGCAGCAGAUGAUGAUGUGGUCUGCUUCUUCUUCUGAUGAUGACAGCAGAGGGCCCACACACAGUGGAUCAGUCUUUCCGGGGUUCAAACAAACAGCAAGUGUAGUGUGCUUAAAGAAGAGUCGAGGAACCAUCAGAUGAUAGAUUUAUAGUAUAUAACCUAUGCAACGUUUCCAUUAGCAACACUGCCUCUCUAACAGACGGUCCAGUGCGUUACCACGGAGACACCAAGGGAACCAACAGCAGCUAACACUUCACAGCUAACUACACAGUUAGCCACGACAGCACACAGGUAUGUCUGAAGUUAGUCUUGAGGCUGAAUCGGGGAAGACCUCAGCCGAGGACUCUCAGAUGGAUUGUGAGGGGGUUGUCAACAAGGCGGAAGCGAGUUUGAGUGAGGAUGAGAAAGAGGAGAGUGUAGACGACAGCAGGGGAGGAGAAGACAUAGAUGAUGUGCUGUACGACAUUGAUAUUGACAGCGCUGAAGAAAAUGCAGAAAACAGUGACAAGGCUGUUCAGGAGGAGGAUGAGGGCAUUCAAAGAGAGAGCGUAGUGACGUGCAGUGACGGUGACGCUGCACAUGUGUCUGACAGUGUAGAGAAUGGGGGACACGAGACAAAUCAUCAUAUUGAAACCGCUGAAACGCCAGAGGAAAGUGGAGAUUCUCACACUGAAACAAAGGAAAGCACAAUGACUGAGGAGUCCCAUAGAAGCUCAGCCGCUGAGAUCCCUGUCACCAGCAAUGGAGACCUGGAUCAGAGCCCUGAGACCGUAUUCCAGAGGGACUCUUACCCCAGUGUCCCCGGGGCCCUAAACCUUUCAGAGUCCUGUGUCACCUCCAGCAACUUUGCUUCAACAACAGAAGGCAUCAUUGAAUCAGGACCAUUCACAGGGUCAGCAAGCCUGCCUUCAUCUCCAUCACCUGUAGCUCCCAGCUCAGCUGUCGCAAGCCGCCUGGCGCGCUCUUUCAGCGAUAGUCAGGUUGAGCAAGGCGGGAUGAACGCACAGCCACAAAGCGGAGCAGUGGUCCUUUCGGAUGACUUAAAGAGCCCCGCCAUGGAGAAACUGGACCUAGUGAGAAAGUGGAGCAUCAACACAUAUAAAUGCACCAGGCAGAUCCUGUCAGAGAAGCUGGGUCGGGGCUCGAGGACCGUGGACCUGGAGCUGGAGGCUCAAAUCGAAGUCCUCCGCGACAACAAGAGAAAGUACCAGAAUGUCAUCAAACUGGCUCAGACGCUGGCCAGUCAGCUGUCCCAGGUCAUGACGACACAGAGGCAGCUGGGCGACGCCUUCGCCGACCUCAGCCUCAAGUCACCAGAACUGCAUGAGGAGUUUGGUUACAACGCUGACACCCAAAAGCUUUUGUCCAAAAAUGGAGAGACGCUGCUGGGUGCCAUCAACUUUUUCAUCUGCAGUGUGAACACACUCGUGGACAAAACAAUCGAAGACACCCUGAUUAAUAUCAAACAGUAUGAAUUUGCCAGGGUUGAGUAUGACGCGUACCGUACAGAUCUGGAGGAGUUGAAUCUGGGGCCACGUGACGCCACCACCAUGCCCAAGAUCGAAAACUCCCAGCAGCAGUUCCAGAUCCACCGCGAGAAGUACGAGAGGAUGCGAAACGAUGUCUCCGUCAAGCUGAAGUUCCUGGAAGAGAACAAGGUGAAGGUAUUGCACAACCAGCUCAUCCUGUUCCACAACGCCAUAGCUGCGUACUACGCUGGAAACCAACAGCAGCUGGAACAGACACUCAAGCAGUUCCACAUCAAGUUGAAAAUGCCAGGUGGGGACAGUCCAUCUUGGCUGGAAGAGCACUAAUCACUCCCUCUGAAGCCACAUUGGCUCAGUUUGACAGGAAGUCCUACAGGAACUCCUCCUCCUCCCUUCAACUCUACUUGUCAAUGCCUUUCAAACUUUCACAAUUGUAAAUCUUUUAACUCCAUACGCAAAAUGACAAAAAAAAAAAAAAAAACUACAAUCCUUUUUACUGUUGUUGUUAAAUCAACCUUUUCAUCUUGCAGUUAUUUGAAAUCAUAGGAAGCACUUUUUAAACUGUUUGACAAAUCUGUUGAACAGGAGUUGCUGCAGUAAACACAUCUGGAAACU